UUAACUUAGCGUUACAAUGGCAGUCACGCAAAGGGCAACAAAAAGUAACAUUAUCUGGUUCUGAAUUGCACAUGUAUUUUAAACAUGUCAACAUGGAAGCUGCAAGAUUCGCCGCGAGGUGGUGUAAUUAUCGCGGCAUGGUCCGAGAUGACCGGUCUGAUUCCAUACGCAGCGACGGCUCAUCCGGGUGGAAAUUUAAUCUGACCAAUACGCAUGAUUGGUCCCUAUCGUUCAUGGGUAUCGUGAAGCAAAUAAAAGGAGGGAUAGAUAUCGUGACCAGUAUCAAAGCUUACUCUUGUCUCAAAGUGAUUACACGGUAGUACUGGAAAGUAAAAAUAUGGGAAGCGAAGUGGAUUUCGAAAUCAAUGUGGACAAAGUUGAGGACACGGAAGCCAAUGAUAGUGGUAUUUAUGACCUGGAUGUGUCUACAGAGCGCUGUUACAAUUCCAGAUGCCAGGCUCCGCCGUCUAAAUCUUGUGUUCCGGAAGAUAUUCGUCUCCGGAUUAAUAGCCGGGAACGAGAACGGAUGCACAGCUUGAAUGCUGCGCUGGACAGUCUCAGACGAGUGCUUCCGUUUUCUAACGGACCAACGGUCAAAAAAUUGUCAAAAAUGUCCACUCUUCUGUUCGCACGAAACUACAUUAUAACUCUUACCAAAUCCCUGGAGGAACUGCAAAAAAUGGUGGGAGAACUUAACAGUAAAGGAGGACCACAUCUGCAGUAUGAUGCGAUGUCUAGAAUACCCAGACCUGAGACACCAAGUGUACAUCGAAUCUCACCAACGCAUUCACGGAUGGAAAUGUCUACAAAAUCAAGGUAUUCACCUUAUCUCAUCAGAUCCCCUCGCCAGCGAUCAGGCAACGCCCUGCCACCGAUCACACAUCCGAAUGUCCACUACCCAACGAUCCCUGAAAGUACCGUGCCUUUCGCGGAUAAAUCUAAUGUGCAAGAUGUGUGCAAAACAACAGACAAAUCCCAGCUCAGUUUCUCAGUGGAAUCGCUUCUGAAGAAACCAACCAACAAACAGGAAAACCGAUUUUUGUCGGCGCAUGAUACGAAACCCUUCCCAGUGCAGCUGUCGAGGAUGGAGGAAUUUGGAAUGUUUUCUCAGCAACCUGGUAGUUCUUUCGAUUUCCACCAUUCAGCGUUUCCUCAUCAACACAAGGGGCUGACAUUCAUGUGAAAACAAACUCUGAAUGAACAUUUUGUAAAAUAUUUUAUAAAACAUGUGAGAGUGUAAAUAGAAAAAGUUUAAAUUAUUACCGGUACAUUUGUACCGAACUAUACACAUCACAAU